GGACCGCCCCCGGGCCUGAGUCUCCCUGUCAUUCCUCCUGAGCGGAUUGUUUGUUGUCAAGAUGGAGUUUUUACUUGGCAAUCCGUACAGCACUCCUGUGGGCCAGUGUAUAGAAAGGGCCACAGAUGGGGGGCUACAGAACGAGGACUGGACCCUCAACAUGGAAAUCUGUGAUAUCAUCAAUGAGACAGAUGAAGGGCCCAAAGACGCCAUGCGCGCGCUGAAGAAGAGACUGAGCGGCAACAGGAACUUCAGAGAAGUGAUGCUGGCUCUCACAGUGUUGGAGACAUGUGUGAAGAACUGUGGUCACAGGUUUCACAUCCAGGUAGCAAACAGAGACUUCAUUGAUGGAGUUUUGGUCAAAAUCAUUUCCCCCAAAUCCAAUCCUCCAACUAUAGUCCAGGACAAAGUGCUGUCGCUCAUACAGGCCUGGGCUGACGCCUUCAGGAGCAGCCCUGAUCUUACUGGUGUGGUCCAUAUUUAUGAGGAGCUGAAGAGGAAAGGUGUUGAAUUCCCGAUGGCAGACCUGGAUGCACUGUCUCCCAUCCACACACCGCAGAGAGGCACGCCUGAGGUGGACCCUGCCAUGACUAAGUACCUCGCCCCAACUUCACCUGCACCAGCUCCAAAACCCGCCACCAGCCCUGUUUCUUCCACACAAGUCUCCAACAUGUCUGGACCAAUCACAGCAACCCCUGAACAGAUCGCCAGGCUGCGUUCUGAGUUGGACAUAGUAAGAGGAAACGUCAAAGUCAUGUCAGAGAUGCUGACAGAGAUGGUGCCUGGACAGGAGGAUGCCUCUGACCUGGAACUGCUACAGGAGCUGAACCGAACAUGCAGGGCGAUGCAGCAGCGAGUGGUCGAGUUGAUUUCCCGUGUUUCCAACGAGGAAGUGACGGAGGAACUUCUACACGUCAACGACGACCUCAACAACAUUUUCCUCAGAUAUGAGAGAUAUGAGAGGUACAGGUCUGGCAGAGCAGCACAGAACAACGGGAUGUUGAACGAGGCUACGGACGACAACCUGAUAGACCUGGGCCCUGGAUCCCCUGCUGUGGUCACGCCCAGGAUCACAGGCAGCCCUCCACCUCAGUCCACUGCGGGGGCCUCAGCCUCCCCGGCUCACGCGGCGUCGCUUUCCACGGCUCUGGCUGGCCUUGGUGUGGGUUCAGACAAUGUGAGCGGCACCUUAUCGUCUCUGCCGGGUCACAAACAGUACGACUUCGACAUGUUUGCCCAGACCAGGAGCAGCUCUCUCGCUGAACAGCGCAAAAAUGUGAAGUACGAGGACCCACAGGCCCUGGGCGGCCUGGCCUCAGCUCUGGAUGUGAGGCAGCAGAACACAGGGGGGCUGAGGGUAAAUGGUGAUGAUAAUCCAGCAGAUCUGGAGCUACCCAUAGACAGCUGGCUAAUUACCCAAGGAAUGAUCCCUGUAUCACAGUCCUCUGUCAUGGAUGACAUAGAGGAGUGGCUCUGUGCUGACGUGAAAGGGGAUGCCACUGAAGAAGGUGUGACCAGUGAAGAGUUCGAUAAGUUCCUGGAAGAGCGAGCGAAGGCAGCAGACACUCUGUCCUCUCCACCAGCAGCGAGCUCCACUCAUCCAGCCCGAGCCUCUGGUGGCUCGAACAAGAAGGCUGAACGGACUGAAGAUGCCCUCUUUGCCCUGUAAGAUAUUUCCUGAGGCCCUCGCUGGCUCUCUGGGGCACCUGGAGACCUUCAUGACUAUUUAAAAACAAUCUUUCCAGUCCUAUUUAACAGCCGACUGGCCGUGCUGCAGCAGGUCAUCUCCCAUUUCUGUAGUUCCUGUGCCACAGUGUUGCUGUAAUGGAGAGAGGUUCAACAUGUGUUCUGCACAUUACUAUAUAUGGAUGUAAUAACCUGUUUUGUGGGAUGUAAUACUUGCAUCUUCUUAAUUUUCCUUAGUCUGAAGACAUUUAAAAAAAAAUUGCAAAAUUAAUGAAAACAUUUGCUGCGGUCACUGCGUAGUCGCACAUAUAGCACAAUACACAGUAGUUAACAUUGAGCUAAUUAAUGCAAUUCAUUUUUAAUUGCUUCUUUUCUUACUCUGUACAAGCACUGUGGACAAAUGAACCACUUAGAGUUGUUGCCAUGCUUUUAACCAGGACGUGUGCAGUGACAUCUGGUUUGACCCAAUUUGCCUGAAGCACUGUAGAGAACAUAAUCUUGUCAAAAGGGAAACAUUUGCUAACUUGGAGAACAAAAGCUAAUUCAUAGUUAAUUGUGUAUGCCAGUGUUUGUAUAGCCAAAGGGAUGUAGAAUCAAAAGUUUAAACAAAAAUGUGCUAGUGAAGCUGUUGUCUGUGGAAGAAGUGGCUCAUCCAUAGAUGCAGUCACAUUAAGAAGCCUCAGCAGUGAAACUCAGACACCUUUAACCAUUCCAAAGAUUAUGACGGCUUUAAUGACCAACUAGUUCUUAUUGUAUUCUACUAAACCAUAAUCAGGUUUGUGCAUCGUAAACAUUUUUCCCCAUUGCUAUGAUUUACAUCUGUGCACUUUGAAGCAAAAACAAAUCUGUAUUUUGUCUUUUUGUCAUUGAGAUGGUUACUAUUUUUCUAGCGGGAAGGGAAUGGUCUUUGGAUUGUCUUCAUAUGCAAAUAACUUUUUUGUAAAUGUGUAUCUGCAGUUCUCUUAACUUCAAGUGUGGGAGAUCUGUCCAAGAGUCUGAUUGCAAAAAGUAUUAAAUAUUAAAAGUUGCACAAUUAUUUAAGAGAAAAGUAUGCAUUAUUACAUUUCAAGUAGUCGCAGUAAAGAAUAUAUUCACAAAGGUAGAUCUUCAGUUAUCUUGUAUUAGUAUAUCGCAUCAGUACCUCAAAUAUUUUGUAUUUUUGUUUCUAAUCAAACAAAUGUAUUAACCCAUAAUAUUCAGCAAACAGGAAGGUUGUAUGCGUUACUUGGCCCAAUGAUUGUAUUGGUUUUGCCUGUGUAAGAAAAAAGGCUGAUCCCUAGUUGCACUUCUAAUGUCUUAACUUGAAGAAAAAGGAAAGGAUGAAACAUAAUUGUGCUUCAUGUAAUGUGUCAUUCUCCCACUUUGUUUUCUGCAAAGGUUUUCUGUGAGUGAUGGAAUUUGGCAAAGUAUCUCUGAUGUCUGACUGAAUAAUCUCUUUGUAAGCCAAAUAGAAUCCUUUUAUUAGUGCAGCUCUUCAGUUAAAGAUCUUGAUUGUUUGAACGUGACAUGAAUUGAAAACUUGCGUCAGUGUAACUCAAAUCAAACUUUCUUGUUCUAGUGAAGGACAACUGUCUUAAUGUUUGCCUACCUAGUGAAAGUAAAAAUGAUAUACUUUAAUAAAGUGUAUCUCUGUUCAUUGCCAGGAAACUGAUGUAAGCCAGUCAUUCAGUUUAUUAUUAUUAUUAUUUGCAGGCCUAACAAAUUUAAUUCUGAAAUGUAACAGAAAUGAGUUUGACUUGUUUGUGUUAUGUAUCUCAGAGUGUUACCAGAGCAUAUAAUGUUACUUGCUUUUGCGAAGCUUAUGUCUUUGAAGCAACAUGUAUUCCUCAAAAACAAAACAAAAAUCGCUAUAUCUAUAAAAAAAGGUCUUUUAAUAUUGAUGUCACAGCAUUUGGUUAAUAUUUUGUGGAAACUGGUAAUGCCUUUUUGUCUGUUGGUGGGGCUUCAAUGUCAAUUUGCUGCCAUUACUAAUGGAAAGAAUUAAUUUGCACGUCAUGUGUGACUGCUCAAUAAAACACUAGCAGUGUGAGACCUCUA